AUGUCGCGUGGGCUGCUUGCCACUGCAGGAGACGCCCAAGGGGGUGUCUGUCCUUGUUCGUCUCAGAUGGUCUCAAUCCGCCAUUUCCAAAGCACGGCGCGGGAGGGGCACAUGUUCGCUUUCGCUGUGUCCUUCACGGACGACGAUCCGACCUCCCGUCGCGGUUUCUCGAUCGGCAACUCCCAUCGCUUGCAUCCUGCUGUGAGUCUCGCACACCAUCGCGCUCUCUGCAGUCGUCGGCGCCCGACGCGCCUUCCACUUCCAGACACGUUCUUCGCUGGGUGCUCGGUCACCACCCGCAGCGGACACAGCACCACCCAAAUCACGCCCGUGCCGCUAACUGAUCGCCCACAACCCGUCCAUCCCGUUCUCUACUCCCUGCCAGCCCGCCAGUGCCCGCCGCGAUCCCCGACCCCGCACCACCACCAUACCGCCGACACGCACGCCCACGCCCUACGCGACGAACAAAUGGACGACGGGCGGAUGACGGACGGAAUCUGGCGGGACAUGCUCGAUGCGACGCCGUCCGCUCACUGCGCGCUCUGCGCGUGCUGGACACGCCACUCGGGAUCCGCAGGCAUCUGUGCCGCACAUGCGGAUGGUGGGGGCCCGCGCACACCGUCGAUGGCUUCCAUGCCUGCGGGAUGUAUCCAUUAUCCUUCCGGCGACGGGCGCUACCCUCGUGUGCACGCGCGCGGGAGUAUGGGGGACCAUGAUUAG